GUGUGCAUGCACCAUAAUACCAUAUCUGAGCGGACACAGUAAAUGUCAUGUGUAUGCAUUUCCUGUCCCCCGUGCCUUCAGUGUAAACCGCAAUAUAAUAAGACGUCGCACUCGGGAAUUAAGAUCCGGGAUAUAGGGGACGCAUUGACCCACAGCGCGUGCCCCCAAAAACUGCGUCAGAGGUUGGACAUCCGGAAUGAAACGUUGUCAUUAAGGAUUUUUACUUUUCUUCGAGUAUCCAAAGAUCAAACCAAAGCACCGCUAGUGACGCUAACGGCUAACUGUUCAAAGACAAUGCAGUCGGGCGGUGGCAUGGCCUUGUCGUUCUGCGGCGACGACCAGGACAUCAACUCCUACAGCGUGAAGGACGGCAUGCUCAACAAUGGCUGCUUCGUGGACGCUCUCAACCUGGUUCCCCAUGUCUUCCUGCUCUUCAUCACCUUCCCCAUCCUCUUCAUCGGUUGGGGCAGUCAGAGCUCCAAGGUCCAGAUCCAUCACAACACAUGGCUUCAUUUCCCCGGACACAACAUGAGAUGGAUCCUCACCUUCUCGCUGCUAUUCGUCCACGUCUGCGAGUUCGCAGAGGGCAUCGUCUCCAACAAUAGGGGGAUGAGUACCAACCACCUCCAUCUCUUCAUGCCAGCCUUCAUGGGUUUCAUAGCAGCCACAACGUCCGUGGUUUACUACCACAACAUAGAGACAUCCAACUUCCCCAAACUGCUGCUUGUACUGUUCAUCUACUGGGUGUUGGCGUUCAUCACAAAGUCCAUUAAGCUGUGGAAGUUUGCAGAGCACUAUGUUGGACCGCAGCACCUGAGGUUCUGCAUCACGGCCCUGUUAGUGGUGCUGUACGGACUGCUGAUGGGCGUGGAGAUCAACGUCAUAAGAGUCAGGAAAUACGUGUUCUUUGCCAACCCCCAAAAGGUGAAACCUCCAGAAGAUCUGCAGGAUUUGGGGGUUCGCUUUCUGCAGCCGUUUGUCAACCUGCUGUCCAAGUCGACAUAUUGGUGGAUGAAUCCUCUCAUCAUGGGAGCCCAUAAGAGGCCCAUCGAGCUGAAGAAGAUCGGCAAGCUGCCCAUCGCCAUGCGAGCACUCACCAACUACCUUCAGCUCAAAGACGCCUACGAGGACCAGAGGACGGCUGAGGAUCCGAACCGUGCCCCGUCCAUCUGGCGCUCCAUGUAUCGAGCGUUCGGCCGCCCCAUCCUGCUCAGCAGCACCUUCCGCUACCUGGCCGACCUGCUGGGCUUCGCCGGGCCGCUCUGCAUCUCCGGCAUCGUGAAGUACCUGAACAACAGCAGCGUCGGCCCGACGGCAAAAGAAAUCGAGGCCAAUACGCAUUUGGGCGUGUACUUCAUGCCGUCCAUUGAGCUGCUGAAGGACACCUCCGUCCUGGCUGUGCUUCUCUUCCUGGCUCUGAUCCUGCAGAGGACCUUCCUGCAGGCCUCGUACUACGUCACUAUUGAAACCGGCAUCAACCUGCGGGGAGCCCUGCUGGCGAUGAUUUACAACAAAAUGCUGCGUCUGUCCACCUCCAACAUGUCUAUGGGGGAGAUGACGCUGGGGCAGAUCAACAACCUGGUGGCUAUCGAGACCAACCAGCUGAUGUGGUUCCUCUUCCUCUGCCCCAACCUGUGGGCCAUGCCUGUACAGAUCGUGAUGGGAGUGAUCCUGCUCUACUAUUUGUUGGGCUGCAGUGCGUUGGUUGGAGCAUCGGUCAUAGUCCUGCUGGCUCCGGUCCAGUACCUCAUAGCUACAAAGCUGGCAGACACGCAGAAAAGCUCACUAGAACACUCGACGGAGCGUCUGAAGAAGACCACAGAGAUCUUGAAGGGCAUAAAGUUGCUGAAGCUGUACGCCUGGGAGAACAUCUUCUGUGGCAGCGUGGAGGACACCAGAGGCAAAGAGCUCACCAGCCUCAAGAACUUCGCCUUCUACACAUCCAUGUCCAUUUUCAUGAAUGCUGCUAUUCCCAUUGCUGCCGUUCUCGCGACGUUUGUGACGUAUUACUUCUGGACUGGGAACACCGUUCCCGCUCCUGCUGAGGCCUUCGCAGCUCUGGCGUUGUUCCACAUCCUGGUCACGCCUCUCUUCCUGCUCUCCACUGUGGUCCGAUUCGCCGUCAAGGCGCUGUUCAGCGUCCAGAAGCUCGGCGAGUUUCUUCAGAGUGACGAAAUUGGAGACGACAGCUGGAGAAAUGGAGACAUGCCAGUUUCCAUGGAAGCAGGAAAGAAACACAUGGGGGGGACCAAAGCCAUCAACAGGAAGCAGCCGAUGCGCUACCAGAUGGACAACUACGAGCAGCCGACCAGGCGGCAGAUGAGACCCUCGGAGACGGAGGAUGUGGCCGUGAAGGUGAGCAAUGGAUUCUUCUCGUGGGGAAGCAACCUGUCCACGCUGUCAGACAUCAACAUCCGCAUCCCCACAGGUCAGCUGACUAUGAUUGUGGGCCAGGUGGGUUGUGGGAAAUCCUCCCUGCUGCUGGCCAUGCUGGGCGAGAUGCAGAACAUCGACGGAAGAGUCUUCUGGAGCAAGCUGCCUGAUUAUGAGCCGGUCCACGAGGGGAACAUCAGUUGGUCAGGGAUGGAGGAGUGUGACGAAGACAUCAGGAGCAAGAACAGAUACUCGGUGGCCUACGCUACCCAGAAGUCCUGGCUGCUCAACGCUACAGUGGAGGAAAACAUCACCUUUGGAAGCCCUUUCAAUAAACAGAGGUACAAGGCCGUGAUAGACGCCUGCUCUCUGCAGCCGGACAUCGACCUGCUGCCCUUUGGAGACCAGACGGAGAUUGGAGAGAGGGGCAUCAACCUGAGUGGAGGUCAGAGACAGAGAAUCUGUGUGGCCAGAGCUCUCUACCAGAACACCAACAUCGUCUUCUUGGACGAUCCCUUCUCAGCGCUGGACAUCCACCUCAGCGAUCACCUGAUGCAGGAAGGGAUCCUCAAGUUCCUGCAGGAUGAUAAACGGACUGUCGUCCUGGUCACCCAUAAACUGCAGUACCUCAUACAUGCAGACUGGAUUAUAGCGAUGAAGGACGGCUCUGUGCUGAGAGAAGGAACUCUGAAAGACAUCCAGACUCAUGACAUUGAGCUUUAUGAACACUGGAAGACCCUGAUGAACAGACAGGACCACGGGCUGGAGAAGGACAUACAGCAGGACAGUCAAACCACACUGGAGAGGAAAACACUGAGGAGAGCGUUCUACUCCAGAGAGGCCAAGAACCAAAUGGACGAUGAGGAUGAAGAGGAAGAAGAGGAGGAAGAAGACGACGACAACAUGUCAACAACCACUAACAGAAGAUCAAAGAUCCCAUGGAGGGUGUGCUGGUGUUACAUGUCCUCCGGUGGGUUCUUCAUGGUCUUCCUGAUGGUGUCCUCCAAGCUUCUCAAGCACUCCGUCAUUGUUGCAAUCGACUACUGGUUGGCAAUCUGGACCUCCAAAACCAACGGGACCAUCGGCAACGGGACCAUCGGCAACGGGACCUUCGGCAACGAGACCUUCGGCAACGAGACCUUCGGCAACGGCACAGAUCCCGCCAAGGACGACUACCACUACCUGCUGGUGUUCACCACCCUGUGUGCGGCUGGCAUCACGUUGUGCCUCAUCACCUCUCUCACUGUGGAGUUUCUGGGUCUAUCUGCAGCCACCAACCUGCACCACAACCUGCUCAACAAGAUCAUCCACGCUCCCAUCAGGUUCUUUGACAUCACUCCUCUGGGGCAGAUCCUCAACAGAUUCUCCGCUGACACCAACAUCAUCGACCAGCACAUUCCUCCAACGCUGGAGUCCCUGACGAGGUCCACGCUGCUCUGUCUGUCGGCCAUCGGGGUCAUUUCCUCCAUCACUCCGGCUUUCCUCAUCGCCUUGGUUCCCCUGGCGGUGGCCUUCUACUUCAUCCAGAAGUACUUCCGGGUGGCCUCUAAGGACCUCCAGGACCUGGAUGACUCCACACAGCUUCCUCUGCUCUGCCACUUCUCUGAGACCGCUGAAGGUCUCACCACAAUAAGAGCAUUCAGACACGAGGCUCGAUUCAAACAACGUAUGCUGGAGCUGACGGACACCAACAACACGGCCUACCUGUUCCUGUCCGCUGCCAACCGCUGGCUGGAGGUCCGAACGGACUACCUCGGAGCAGUGAUCGUGCUGGCAGCAGCAGGAGCCUCCAUCUGGUUCCCAAGCAUCGGUUUGGCUUCUGGAGGCCUCGUGGGCCUCGGACUCACGUACGCCCUCACGGUCACCAACUACCUGAACUGGGUUGUGAGGAACCUCGCAGACCUGGAGGUCCAGAUGGCCGCCGUGAAGAAGGUCAACAGCUUCCUGGGCACCGAGUCGGAGAACUACGAGGGAACUAUGGACGCCUCUCAGGUGCCCGAGAACUGGCCCCAGGACGGCGAGAUAAAGAUCCAGGACCUGUGUGUGCGCUACGAUCCAAUGCUCAAACCGGUGCUCAAACACGUCAACAUGUACAUCGAGCCGGGCCAGAAGGUGGGGAUCUGCGGUCGCACUGGCAGCGGGAAGUCCUCUCUGUCGCUGGCCUUUUUCAACAUGGUGGAUAUGUUUGAAGGGAAGAUCGUCAUCGAUGGGAUCGACAUCUGUAAGCUUCCUCUGCAGACCCUCAGGUCCAGACUCUCCAUCAUCCUCCAGGACCCUGUGUUGUUUAGCGGAUCCAUAAGGUUUAAUCUCGAUCCAGAGAGGACGUGCACCGACGAUCGGCUCUGGGAGGCGCUGGAGAUCGCUCAGUUGAAGAACAUGGUGAAGGCGCUGCCUGGAGGACUCGAUGCUGUCGUGAACGAAGGUGGAGAGAACUUCAGCGUCGGUCAGAGGCAGCUCUUCUGUCUGGCUCGAGCUUUUGUCAGAAAGAGCAGCAUCCUCAUCAUGGACGAGGCCACGGCGUCCAUAGACAUGGCCACGGAGAACAUCUUACAAAAAGUCGUGAUGACUGCGUUUGCAGACAGAACAGUCGUCACGAUCGCACACCGCGUCCACACCAUCCUAACAGCCGACCUGGUCAUCGUGAUGAAGCGAGGGAACAUUUUGGAGUACGACAAACCGGAGACUCUUCUGGAGCAGGAGGACGGGAUGUUCGCUUCAUUCGUCAGGGCGGACAUGUAGACACACGAGUCCUUCAGCGACGCCCGACCACUAGAGGACCGAUCAGUUGUUUGAUCUGCUUCUUUCUCUCUUUUUCCACGUAGAGUUGUUUUCUUUACGAGGCGGACGGACCUCUGAGAAGCUACAACACUCCAGUGAAGCCAAUCAUGUGUGUCUUGAAUUCACUGGAUAAACAGAUCCAGAAACAUUAUCAAUCACCGCUUGAUAUAUUUAAACAGUUGUACUUGAAUCAUUCAGUCACUCAGCCAAUUAAAUACUGCCUUUUUGUUGUUUUUAGAAAUUACAUGUAGAAACACCAAAUAUCAUUUAAAUGAUAAACCAGUUCAUAAAUCAGUUUAUCCAGAUUUUAUAUUGGAAAUUAGCAAAAUUCACAUAUCAAGAGAGUCAAUGGAGGAAUUCUUUGAUCACUGACUUUUAAGCAACCAGUAUUAAGAGUUAGUUAAAAAUACAGAUGUCUGUGUCUCUAAAUAGCUAAUUGAUCAUGCUAAUGAAUAGAUCAGACACGCCCAUUUUAAUGGGAUUUGUUGACAAUAAGAACAAUAUAGAAUUUCUCCAGACUUCUGCUUUAAGUUCAAGGACUCCCACCGAUAAGAAGUGUAUUCAAAAUACGAUGUAGUUUUUAUUUCAGGUGUUUUUUAAGGCAGUAUUUAAAAUGAGUGCGGUGACACUCACUGUAUCUGUGGUCAUUUAGACCGACAGAGUUUUUAAUUGGAUAGUUUUAGAUUGAGCUGAACCUUUAGGUCCUUUAAGGAUCAUUAUGAACCAAAAAAACACUUCAAAAGUCUUUAAUUAUCUUGUUAUACAUAUUUGUUACAUUUAUUUUAAACAUAUGCACAACACGUAUCAGUUUUUGUUAAUCUUUAGCACUUGUAUUAUGCAAUGAUAAGAAUGGGAGAAACUUGUAUUUAAAGUAAUUUUUUAAACAACUGAAUGUUGGUUCUGUGCUCUGCAUACAUGAAUGCACCGUGCAGUCUCUCACUGUAAAGGAUUUUGAUAAUAUGUUCUUAUAUUUUAGACCCUGGUGUAUUUACUACAUUUUUAGAAGGAAGCUGACAGAACUGACACUCAAUAUUUGUACCCGAUGCUGCGUUCACGUCAGACGUUUGAGAAGAUCAGGACGAUGUCUCCGAACUGCAACUUUUGGAUCGUUAAAAAAUGUCUCCUGAACAAGUGCGACAAAGGAAGUCAACAUCCGAGGAUUUACUGCUGUUUUCGAUGCCUGUUUUGAAUGAAUUCUGCAACUUGUGAUGCCAAAAAGGAGACAUUAAAACCUUAAAAUCUCCUCGUCCUACUUGGAUUCACCACCAGGAGGUCGACCUGUGUGUCUUCUCCCAGUGCUUGGGAAACAUUUCCUUGGGACAAGAUUAGCAGACGUCUCUGAUGCAACAGCAAAGAGGAGGCAUCCAAUUUUACGACCAACUAACUACCAAAUAUUCCAGAAUCACAUCCAAAUCUGCUUUUUUCACACAGAAAACAAGCAACUCUGUUGAAUACAACAGCGUAUUAGGGGCCAUUGUAGGUACAGAAUUAAAAAUACAAAACAUUACGGAGCCAGGGGAGGGGGGUAAUAAUUGUGACAUUAAUAUCAGAUAAUUUCAGAGUUUUAUAAUCUUUAUAAUCUCAGAGAAUAUCUUAGUUUUCUCUCUAAAUAUAACUCCUCUUCUGGCUCCGGAAGUUAUUUAUUUUGACCUUCAACACGUUGUCACAGUUUACUUUAUUGCAUUUAGAAAAAAGUCCAACCUGAACUGUCUCUUCAUCGGGUACAGAGUUAUUGUUUUUCAAGUUGAAUCAAUUUAAGGAUAAACUUGUUGAAGAUUUGUGCAUUUUUCGACUUGGCAAGCAAAGACAGCGAGAACACACGGUGUCCAUGUAACCACACUUGUAGUUUUAUUUUUGUGAUUUAGAAUUUAUCGCAUUUGAAGAAGAUAAUUGUAUUUAGUAAAUUAAAACAAUGUAAGAAAUGACCUAACAGUGAGAGUAGAAAAUGCUUCAGUUAAAUGUGAGCAAACACGAGUAUGAAAGCAGUUACAUUUAGCAGAAUGUGGAUGUUUUAUUUGCGGUGUACGUUCACCUGUGCUCUGUUCUAUCGGCUGUAUUUCUGUGACACUAGUACGAACACUGAAGGGUGUCGCGGCUCAGACUGAAGUCGUGAACCCGCUGUCUGUCUGCGCUCGUGCUUUGCUGAACUUAUUAUCCUCGGGGACAAUAGCUGGCCAGCGUGAGCUCCCUUUAACUCCAGAGAUGUUUAAUGGUUAUUGUGGGCUGAGGAAGAGUUGAUUUAAACAGUUCUUUAGAGCUCAAACGUAAAACUUAAAGCUGCAUUAAUCGAUAUAUAUUCUACUGAAAGUGAACCUAAUGGCUGCAUGUAAAAUUAUCUCCAACUCCGCAGUUUUUUAGUGAAUUUGGUGUUUUGUUUUCCAGCCCACAUAUUGUUAAUAUUAUUACCCGACAGACGAGAGUUACAACUAUAUUUAGAACAAAGACAGAUUUAAAAGAACACAACUCAGUUUCAACAAAGUUUAAACAAAACAACGUCAGAUGUUGUGUUUUCAGUUUGUUCUGCUGCCCCCAAGUGGCCCAAAAAAUAUCACAGAAUGGUAUUCCAGUGAGGGUCGGGGCAUCCAAACCUUUCCUUUAAGUUUUGGGAUUUUCAUCACAAACGAAAUAUAUUCUGAUUCUCUCUCUGGCGGAGAGUUUUAUGACACCGCUCUCAUAUCUGGAGCUACAGCGGCUCGUUAGCUUAGCUUAGCA